AACCAGCGGGGUCUUGUGAGCACCAGAUCCACCAGAUCUCGCAUAGCUCCACGACUGGAACGCCCACGCUACGUGCAGGGAAGGCUCACAAGGCGGAGGGGAGAGGGAGAAGAAGGGACGAAGAAGAUGUUUCAGACGGAACGCCACAAGAAUGGAUCUCCGCCUAUCGGAUGUAGAUCUUGCUUUGACGUGCUUCACAGCCGCUCACACGUCGAUUAACUCGAAUCGAACUGCACGUAUGGGUCUGGGUCUGUCCCAAGUCGCCUACUGGCGGUACACGGGUGCACUAAGCCGGAACACAUGCAGCUCGUGUCCAUGAGACCUCCAUCGUUACUGAAUGCUUCUUCCGGCUUCGUCACAUUCCAUCACAGCUCACUGUGCGUAUGUGCAUGCAUUAGUUUUAUCUAUUGUUUGUGUGGUGCAUGCCAUGCUCGUCUGUCCGCAUGGACUUGUCUGUGUGACGCUCAGCAAGUGACGUGUAUGUGUGUCGCGCUCAAGUAUUCAACAGUCAGUGUGUUCCACAUCCAUGCCAUGAAAUGGUCCAUGCCGACAGCAAGGAUAUAGAAAGAAAGAAAGGAUGCAACUAGCACCCUCUCUCUUGGCCGUGGUAUCAGGUUUCCUUCAUUAGACUCACUCUUCCCACACACACCGACGCAUCGACCAAGGUUACACACUUCCGUGCAGCGUGAUCGACGGCAGCAGCUGUGGCUAGAGUGAGUCUAACAGGACGAAACACGACUGACCCACACGACACCGAUGGUCAAAAAGACACGCCUGGCCUGGCUGCGAGGGACUGGACUCAUCUCAUCUAAGGUGGUGAGUGCGUAUCCUUCUCAGCUAUCUUCUUAUCCACAACAAUCGUUCAGCAAGAAAAGUGCCGCCACCCAUCCAUUUAUCGCGGCCCUCUCCCUCCCUCCUUCUCCCUCUCUCUCUACACACACAUGUACACAGAGAGCGUCAACUGACUGACCGCUUGACUGAGUCGGCCUCGGCGAGUGUGUAUCGACACGCAUACAAAGCAAUCCAGCAAGAAAGAGGGUGCGAGCCAGCGGUGGAUGCCGCCUGGCCCGGCGUGUGUGUGUGUAUGGUACAGCUAAGGUAGGGUAAGGUGGUGAGCAAGCAAGCAAGAGAAGAGCAAACCAACCAGUCUGUCUGUGUCAAAAUCGGUGUGUAGGUGUGAGUGAAGAGAGACCACCCUCCUCCCUCCCUCCCUCCCUCCCUCCACGUCAUGUUUUUCAAGUAGUAAGUGCCAUCAUAUAUACACAUACAUAGACAUACAUACACUACAACGCAACCUCUCCAUCCCCUGCUUACAAUUUCGACGACACACGCAAAAAACAGCCACACCAUCAAAUCAAGUGCUCUCACCCACCCCCCUCCCCCCUCUGCACAGUAAUUACCCACCUCCCCUUCCCCCUCCCUCUCUCCCUCUCUAGCCUGCCCGCACCGAUGGUGCGCUCUCCUUGUUGGUGUGGUGCAGCGGCUCCUUGUCUCGGAUGCAUCGCACCAGCAGGGUGGCCAUCUGCUGGAACCACGGCUCUGAGGGCGCCCAGAAGGCCGCCCCCAGGUACUCCCGCAGGGCUGCGCUGAGGUUCUUCUUCUGGUUGAGGUAGUAGACGGCCGCGUUUUGGUAGGGGAAGUGGCGCUGGCUGUAGCGCGGGGCCGACUUGGCACGCUCGAACCACAGCAGGCACUCGGCCGCCACGGAUGGGUCGGGAUGGGACAUCUUGCACACACCCUGGACACACACACAUACACACGGAGCACAAAGACAGAAAGAGAGAGGGGUCAGUUGCAAAGGUGGAUGAAUGGAUGGAUGGGGUGGAUUUGUGGGUGCCGUUUGCUGGCUCACAAUGUCGUUGUAUGGGUUCCCGAAUGUUGGGUCGAUUUCGAUGGCUUUCUUGCAGAGGUCGAUGACCUCACUGUUGACCUGAUCCUUCCACCGCUCGUCCCGCCCGCAGCCCUCCUCCUCGCCACGCAGCAGCACAGACCACCCCAGAUACGUGUAGGCGUCGGCCGUCGGCUUGGCCGCUAUCGACGACCUGUGUUGUGUUACAUACCACACACACACACCCACACACACCAAGAAAAAGAUGGAUAGUCCACGCCGUGACGUGACACACACCGUCGCUUGCUUUUGCUGGGCGUACCUACCGAAAUGUGUCUGCAGCGGCCUGCAGUGCCGCCACUGUGCGAGAAGUCCCCUCCCCUCCCACUUCGCCCUUCGCCGGGUGACUCGUUGCCUGAUGCGCGUGUGCCGUAUAGACAGGCCCUCUUCUUGACGACUUGUCUUCACUGGCAGUGGCAGUGGUGUGCUGUGCGGCAGUGAUGAUCUGCAGGCCUUGCUUGACGAGCGUGAGGGCCUGGUCGAGGGCAGGGUCUUCUUUGCGGAGAGCCGCGUAGAACUCGUCGUCAGUCACCGUCUGAACGAAUGAACAAUGGACACACAGCACAAUGUCCAUCUGUCUGUCUGUCUGUCUGUCUGUCUGGCGUCUUGGCCUGUGCUUACUUCCACUUGAUCAACACGACGGGGGUUGUAGUUGAGCUGAAAAACCAACAUGAGACAGAACGACACACCGUUGACUGAUGGACUCAAAACCGUCCUCGCGCCUCCCGUCCCGUCUUCCACCUCACCAUACUGGACGUGUCAAGAGCCUCCGACAGCAGCUGGAGCAGCAGCAGCGAUGCCGGGUGCACACCAUGCGACUGAGUCUUGCGGAAGAGGUGCCUCACGUAGCGGGUGAGGGACUGCUGCUGCUCGAAGCCCUUGAUGGGGCAGUUGGGAGCCAGUUGCUGUGUGAUUCGGUCGAAGGCCUCGGCGAUGGGCGCUGGCCACGGCUGUGCGAUGAGGAUGCGGAGGGGCUUGUGAUCAUCGAACUUGUGUGCGCGACGCAGCAGCGCCCGGUACGUCAGCCGCCGGAAGCUCUCCAUCUCGAGAAUUAUGUCCACACCCG